AUGACAUUUGUGGUUACAGAGUCUUCUCGAACGCUCAGCCUUCUUUCAAGUGAAAUCAAGGCAAAACGGCGGGAAUCAUUAGAACAAAUUACGCACGAUAUAGAUGAAAAUCUUCCAAAUGCAAAAAUAUCAGAAAUUGAGGUGUAUUGCUCGUACAUCGUUCCGCAUGUAGUCACGUCAUUCAGCGAUCCUGUUGAGAGUCACAGGGAACGAGCUGUUCAGAUUAUAUUUAAGCUAUGUGACGCGAUCGAAGAUUCUUCACCACUUCUUCCCCAUCUCAUGCCCAUACUGGUAAAGAGGUUUACUGACAAGGAGUUUAUGGAAGAGGCGGAAGAAAUUCGUCUCUUUUCACUUAAACUCCUACUUAACAUGUUGCGGAAAAUCAAGAAAGACCCAAGUUUCACUCCGGAUUACUGCCUUAUUAUUCAAAGUGCCUUGGCGGAUAGUUAUCCAGACAUAAAAGUCAUCUGCUGUGAUCUUCUUUCGGAAUUGUCAACGAAGUUCAGUGCUGCAUUUUAUCGUUCCGCUGAACCUAUCCUAAAACCUUUGCUAAAAAACAUUACUCAUCAGCAACAUCGUGUACGGGUGGCUACUGUUAAAGCGGUUGGAACAGUUUUUGCCCACUGCAAAGGAGAAUUCGUCGAUUACACUAUUGUGCCCCUGACGCAAAGGCUCUUCGACGCAAGCAUUCCAGUUAGGAAGGCCGUAACUAAUGUGGUUGGCGAUUGGCUUCUUAACCUAAUGGACCGCUUAAAAUAUCAGAAAGAGAACGAAGAUCAACUAAAGGACAAAAUUGACUUUGACGCUGGCGUCCCGCCGAAUUAUCCGACAGGCCAAAUGCGUCCAAAUUUCGGUUGCCGCGAAAUCAUCCACAGAACGGCUUCCAGAAUACUUCCGGGUCUAUGUAAGGAUCUGUCCGAUUGGCAGGAUGAUACACGCAAGAAGGCCUCCGGUCUGCUCCCAAUCCUACUGUUGCAUCUUGAAAAUGCUGUCACUCAACAUACUCAAGUCCUAAUUUCGGGAAUAUCUACCGGAGUUGGAGAUGGACUACAGCGGACUAUUUCUACUAACGCGGGCGGUGGUACUAUCUACCUCCUUUUAAUGAGUCCUGACCGAGGAGUUCCGAACUUCUACACACUCACUAAGGAAGUUCCCUCCGCCCCCUCUGCUAAUAGUCGCGAUGGGGCGCCAAGCUCUGAAGCUACAGAGGCUCUCCAGGUUCUUAAACAACUCUACUUGGCCACUCGUUAUGUCAGUUGUUUCGUCUCACCUAACGUUUGGUGGAAGCUCGCUUACGAGAGCGCACGUCGCUGCAACGAAACCACCUCGCCCACCAGUCUAGCCGGCAAUCUUUUCAUGCUGGCCAAUCUCAUAUCUGGUGCCUCAACGCAAGACCUGACCUCUACCGCUGCGGACAAACCUGACCUCCCCUGUUUCGCG